AUGUGGAUAUUAUAUAACGUGUAUAAAAACUUCAAGAACACGAACUCUAUUAGCUAUCCCAAGAUAUUUACUUCGGGAGCAGCACGUAUUUGUACUAAUAGUAAGAAAGAAAUUGUACAAUUUCCAAAUUAUACGGGACCUGGUGCUAAAAGUGAAAUAGUUUUUAUUCCUGAUGAAAAUAAUUAUUUCAAACUCAGGGAAAAUGCGUUCAAAAGUGGUGUAAAUGUUUUAAUGAGUGACAUUAUUGGAAUAAAGCGUAUUCUUCCAGACAGACGGCCUGAUGCAUGCAAGAAAAUAAAAUAUCCCGAAAACUUGCCUUCAAUAAGCAUUGUGAUCACAUUUAGGGACGAACCAAUGUCGUGCUUGCUAAGAACAAUUUAUAGCGUGCUCGAAACGUCUCCUGAAAAUCUCAUACACGAAAUCAUCCUAGUUGACGAUGGAUCUGUGGAUGAAGAAUUGAAACUUGCUGUUAAUAUACACGCUUCAAAUGUGCAAAAACUUAAACUUAUUGUACACGAACGUCCAUUAGGUUUGAUGAUAGCUAGAACAAAGGGAAUCGAGCAAACUAAAUCUGAUUUCUUUAUUGUUCUUGAUGGACAUAUAGAAGUUACACCGGGAUGGCUAGAACCAAUCAUUCAUAGACUUGUCCAACAACCCAAUGUAUUACUGACUUCUCAUGUUGGGGAAAUUGGUCGUGAAAUCUUUGAAUUUAUAUUAGAUGAUCAGUAUAAACUGUUUUGUGCGUUUGACCCUAUCACAAUAAUUGAAGAAUGGUUGACAUAUUCUUGGGCAUUUCGGGACACAAGAAAUGGAAGUGUGGAACCAAUUGAGUAUGGCACUAUUCCUGGUAUGAUGACUGCCAUGAGAAAAGAGUUUUUCUACAAACUUGGAGGCUUUGAUACCGGUAUGGAAGUCUGGGGCUUUGAACACAUAGAGGUAUCUGUAAAAGUAUGGCUUUGUGGAGGACAUGUUGAAAUGAUACCUUGCUCUAAAAUAGGACACUUGUACAGAGAUAUUCCCUGGCAAAACAUGUACCCCGAUUUUGAUUAUAAAACGAAAAAUAAGCUCAGAUUUAUUCUUGUUUGGAUGGAUGGUGAAAGCAAAAAAUUAGCAUUAGAAGCCUUACAUAGAGGCAACUAUUCUAAACAAAUUGAUCCUGGUGACCUUUCAGAUAGAUUUAAAAUAAAGAUAUUAAAUAAGUGCAAGCCAUACGAACAUUAUAUUGACCAACUACGAAAAAUUUCGAAUCCGUUUAUCCCGAGAAAUGUGCGUAAAAGCGGCAACAUUUUCAAUAAAGCUACAGACAAGUGUCUAGAAAUUACAAGUAUUGAAGGUAUUUUCGAGCUUAUAACGUCCCAUUGUGGCGAUCACGUGAGCCAGUUUUGUGUACUCACCGACAAUAUGAAUAUACGUAUUAGCAGCCAUUGGAUAAAACUUGAUGGACGGAAAAAGAAACUAUCAUUUCCCACACAAGCUCAAAACCUACUCGUUCCGGAAUUGAAAUGGAAAUUUGAUGAAAUCAAUGGUUUUAUUAUUAGUAAUACAAGUAUUGGCUGUUUGACAGUGAACAAUUAUGGACAAGUAUUCUUGAAGACGUGUAAUGAUUCUCCUUUACAAAAAUGGAGUUGGUUUCCUUGA